AUGGGUUUCCCUUUUCAGUUUCUCCUCCUGGCCUCAAUCUUCCCAUCAGGCCAGGCCUCAUGGGGUGUCUCCAGUUCCCCGAAAGUGCAGGGUGUGAAGGGGUCCUGCCUGGUCAUCCCCUGUGUCUUCAGCUUCCCGGCUGAGGUACAGGUACACAACCGAAUCACAGCCAUCUGGUACUAUGACUACUCGGACAAGCGGCUGGUGGCAAGCCACUCAGAGGACCCCGAGCAGGUGGACACUCGUUUCCGUGGCCGCACUCAUCUGUUGGGGAAGCUGGAGAACAAAAUAUGCGACCUGAUAUUAAAGGACCUGCAGCUUGAGGAUGCGGGUGCCUACAACUUCCGCUUUGAAAUCAGUGAGGGCAACCGCUGGUCAGAUAUGAAAGGCACCCAGGUCACUGUGACAGAGAAGCCCCUCAUGCCCACCAUUUCCUUGCCGGCUGAGCUACGUGAAGGCCUGAGUGUGGAUUUAAACUGCUCCACUCCCUAUGUGUGCCUGACGGAGACCAUCACCCUGGAGUGGUCUGGCCAGGAUCUGACUCGCUCCACCACUUCCACCAUCCAGAAUGUGGGGCUUACCAGCACCAGCCACCUGGGGAUCCUCCACACGACACUGUCCUGGCAGGACCAUGGUCGGAACCUGCACUGUCAGCUCUCAAUGGCCAGUGGCAAGGCACAGGCUGAUACAAACCUGCAAGUCCAGUAUGCCCCUCGAGGCGUGGAGAUCCUCCUCAGCCCCUCAGGGCAAAACAUCCUCCCAGGCAACCUGGUCACACUCACUUGCCUGGUGAAUAGCAGCUACCCAGAGAUCAAGUCUGUGCAGUGGGUCAAGGAUGGGUCCCCCCUCGAAGCUAAAGAUCGUGUGUUACAGUUGCCCAAGGCAACCUGGGCAGAUGCUGGCAUCUACACCUGCCAAGUUGAAAAUGGAGUAGGUUCUGCCACGUCGACUCCUGUCAGCCUCCAUGUCUUCAUGGCUGAGGUCCAGGUGAGCCCAACUGGUCCCUUCCAAGAAAACCAGACCGUGACGCUGACCUGCAACACGCCCAGCGGGCCGCUCAGUGAGAUUCGGUACAGCUGGUACAAGAACCAGCUUCUGUUGGAGGAUGCGCACGCCCACACCCUCCAGCUGCACCCAGUCACUAGAGCUGACACCGGCUUCUACUUCUGCGAGGUGCAGAACGCCCAGGGCAGUGAACGCUCAAGUCCUGUUAGCGUGGUAGUCAACCACCCACCCCUCAUUCCGGACCUGACUGCUUUUCUCGAGACGCAGGGCAGGCUCACGGGCAUCUUACACUGCUCUGUGGUCAGUGAGCCUCUGGCCACCCUGGUGCUGUCCCAUGGAGACCUCAUCCUGGCCUCCACCACCGGGAAAGGAGACUACAGCCCACGUUUCAGUGUCUCUUCUACUCCCAACUCCCUGCGCCUGGAGAUUCGAGAGCUGGAGCCCACUGACAGUGGAGAAUAUAUGUGCUCAGCCACCAACUCACUUGGAAAAGCAUCCUCCAAGCUGGACUUCCAUGCCAAUGCUGCCCGCCUCCUCAUCAGCCCUGCCGCAGAAGUGGUGGAAGGGCAGGCAGUGACGCUGACCUGUCGCAGUGGCCUGAGCCCCAUGCCUGACACCCGCUUCUUCUGGUAUCGGAAUGGAGUCCUGCUUCAUGAAGGGCCCAGCAGCAGCCUCGUCCUCCCCGCGGCCUCCAGCACAGAUGACGCUGGUUCAUAUCAUUGUCGGGCCCAGGAUGGCCACAGCUCCAGCGGCCCUUCCUCACCUGCCGUCCUCACGGUGCUCUAUGCCCCACGCCAGCCCAUGCUUACCACCCGACUCGACCCAAAUGCUGCUGGAACUGGGGCUGGACGUCGGGCUCUCCUCUUGUGCCGUGUGGAUAGCGACCCUCCAGCCCAGCUUCAGCUGCUCCACGGGGACCGCUUUGUGGCCUCUUCCCUGCCAUCGUGUGGGGGCUGUUCACCGAGCAUCAAAGUCACUAGAGGCCCCAACUUGCUGCGUGUGGAGAUUCAGAACCCGAUGCUGGAGGAUGAGGGCGAGUACCAGUGUGAGGCCAGCAAUGCCAUGGGCAAUGCCUCAGCCUCAGCCACCUUGGAUGCCCAGGCCACUGUUCUGGUCAUCACACCAUCGAACACGCUACGGGAGGGCACAGCUGCCAACCUGACCUGUAAUGUGAGCCGUGAAACUGCUGGCAGCCCUGCCAACUUCUCCUGGUUCCGGGAUGGGGCGCUGUGGACCCAGGGACCCCUGGAAACUGUAACUCUGCUGCCCGUGGCCCGGACCGAUUCUGCUCUCUAUGCUUGCCACAUCCUCACCACACCUGAGGCCCGGCUCUCUGCCCCUGUGGCCCUGAAUGUGCAGUAUCCUCCAGAUCCUCCAAAACUGUCGGCUCUCCUGGACGUGGGUCAGGGCCAUGUGGCUGUGUUCAUCUGCACAGUCGACAGCCACCCCUCUGCCCAGCUGGCCCUGUUUCAUGGGGAGCGACUCCUGGUCACUAGCCCAGGGCCUCAACUCCCACCCUAUGGCAGGCUCCAUGUCAAGUCCACAACCAACUCCCUGCAGCUGGAAGUCCGAGAACUGGGCCUUGGGGACUCUGGCAGCUACCAUUGCAAAGCCACAAAUGUUUUUGGAUCAACCAACACCUCACUCUUCUUCCAGGUUCGAGGAGCCUGGGUUCAGGUAUCACCAUCGCCUGAACUCCAGGAGGGCCAGGAGGUAGUUCUGAGAUGCCAGGCACCCUCAGGGGUCCCAGAUGGAACCUCAUACCGCUGGUAUCGGAAUGGUCAACUCCUUCAAGAGCCUACCUCAGCUACACUCCACAUUGCAGCCAUUGCUUCAAGCCAAGCUGGAGCCUACCACUGCCAAGCUCAGGCCCCAGGCUCAGCCAUCACGAGUCUGGCCACCCCCGUCAACCUCCAUGUGUCCUAUGCGCCCCGCCAGGCCACGCUCAUUACCCUAAUGGACACAGGCCCUGAGCGACUGGGCCUUCUUGUGUGCCGUGUGGAUAGUGACCCUCCAGCCCAGCUGCAGCUGCUCCACGGGGACCACCUCGUGGCCUCUACCGCAAAGGGGUUGGCAGAGCCUGCAGGUAGUUCUUCCCAGAUGCAGCUGACGGUGGCCCCCAAUGUCUUGCGCCUGGAGAUCCAUGGUGCGAUGCUGGAGGAUGAGGGCACCUACACCUGUGAGGCCACCAAUGCCCUGGGCCGGGCUAUGGCUACAACCAACUUUGAUGCCCAGGCUGUGACUGUGCAGGUGUGGCCCAAGGCCACGGUGUAUGAGGGGCAGCUGGUGAACCUGACCUGCCUGGUGUGGACCCACCUAACUCCGCUCAACUACACGUGGUACCAGGAUGGACAACAGCGACCGGGUGCCCGUUCCAUCCUCCUGCCCAAUGUCACUGUCACGGAUGCUGCCUCCUACCGCUGUGGCGUGGAGACCCCUGGCCAAGCACCCUGCUUUUCCAGACCUGUCUCCCUGGACAUCCUCUAUGCACCCCGUGCCCUGCAUCUGACCUACCUCCUGGAGAGCCGGGGUGGGCGGUUAGUCCUGCUCCUGUGCACCGUGGACAGUCGUCCCCCUGCUCAGCUGGCCCUUAGCCAUGCUGGCAACCUCCUAGCGGUCUCCACCAAAGAUUCUCUCCCCAACACCUUGCGCCUGGAACUGUGGGAGCCCCGGCCCAGUGAUGAGGGUCUUUACAGCUGCUACGCCCAUAGUCCUCUGGGCCAGGCCAACAUGACCCUGGAGCUGCAUCUGGAGGGAGUGCAGGUGACCUUGGCUCCAUCAGCUGCUGUGCCUGAGGGGACCCCUGUGAUGGUGACCUGUGAAGACCCUGCUGCCCAACCACCCACCCUCUAUGCCUGGUAUCACAAUGGCCAUUGGCUACAGGAAGGGUCAGCUGCUUCCCUCUCAUUUCCGGUGACUACACGGACUCACGCAGGCGCCUACUCCUGUCAGGCCCAGGAUGCUCAGGGCACACGCAGUUCCCGGCCUGCUGCCCUACAAGUCCUCUAUGCCCCCCACGAUGCCGUCCUAUCCUUCUUCCGGGACUCACGGACCAGACCUGCAACCAUAGUGCAGUGCACUGUGGACAGCGAGCCGCCAGCCGAGCUGACCCUGUCCUUUGAUGGUCAGGUUCUGGCCACCAGCCAGGGGGCCCAUGGCUCGGCAUUGGGGACAGGUUCUGUCCAGGUGGCCCGCAAUUCCCUCCGGUUUCAGGUGCACAAAGUGUCGGCAGGGGACAAGGAUACCUAUGUCUGUACAGCCCGAAACUCUCUGGGCUCAGUCAGCACCAGUGGGCAGCUACAGGCCGAAGGUGUGCAUGUGGUGGCAGAGCCAGGCCUGGAUUUACCUGAGGGCACUGCGAUGAACCUCAGCUGCUGCCUCCCAGAUGGCCACGGGCCCUUGGGCAACACGACCUUCACUUGGUACUGGAAUGGCCGGCACCUACAUACCAUGCCUGUGCCCACACUCUCCUUCCCCUUUGUGGCUCGUGCCCAGGCUGGGAUGUACCAGUGUAAGGCCGAGCUACCUUCUGGAGCUGCCACUUCCACUCCAGUCAUGCUCCAUGUGCUCUACCCUCCUGAGACACCUACCUUGACAAUCUUUAUAGAGCCCGAGAGUGGCCUCUGGGGCAUCCUGGACUGCCGAGUGGACAGUGAGCCACGUGCUAGCCUGACUCUCCACCUCGGCAGUCGGUUGGUGGCAUCUAGUCAGGCCUGGGGCAUGCCUGCAGAGUCACACAUCCAUGUCUCAGCCUCCACCAAUGCCCUGAGGGUGGACAUCCAGGAGCUGAAGGCCAGCGACCAGGGGCAAUAUGUGUGCUCUGCCUCCAACGCCCUGGGCUCUGCCUCGGCCUCUACCUACUUCGGGACUAGAGCCCUGCACCGCCUCCAUCUGUUCCAGCAGCUCCUUUGGGUCCUGGGAGCACUGGCAGGCAUCCUGUUCCUGUUGUUGGGCCUUGGGGCCUUGUACGCCUGGAGAAAGAGGCUCUUUCACAAGCAGAGCUUGGGUCAGAAUUUGGUGGAGAUGGCUUUCCAGAAGGAGACUGCACAGCUCAUUGAUCCUGACUCGACCACAUUUGAGAUGAACUGUGCUCCGAUCCUAAACUGA